AUGGGAAGUCCCAAGGGGCAAGAGCUCCAAAAUAUGGGGAGAGGAGCCUGGGACAACCCUGCCUACAGUGGUCCCCGGUCCCCACAUGGGACACUGAGGAUCUGCACCAUCUCCAGUGUGAUGCCCCCUGAAUCCCAGCCCAAAAAGCCUGAAGAUGGACCCCAAAAGAAGGCGUACAGGACCCUGGUGUCCAACUGCUGCUUCCAGAUCUGCCGUGGCAUCAGAGGACUUUGGGGAACAACCCUGACUGAGAACACAGCUGAAAACCGGGAGCUGUAUGUCAAGACCACCCUGCGGGAGCUUUUAGUAUACAUCGUAUUCCUGGUGGACAUCUGUCUCUUGACCUACGGAAUGACAAGCUCCAGUGCCUAUUAUUACACCAAAGUGAUGUCUGAGCUCUUCUUACAUACCCCGUCAGACACCGGAGUCUCCUUCCAGGCCAUCAGCAGCAUGGCGGACUUCUGGGACUUUGCCCAGGGCCCACUACUGGACAGUUUGUAUUGGACCAAAUGGUACAACAACCAGAGCCUGGGCCAUGGCUCCCACUCCUUCAUCUACUAUGAGAACCUGCUGCUGGGGGUUCCAAGGCUACGGCAGCUGAGGGUCCGCAAUGACUCCUGCGUGGUGCAUGAAGACUUCCGUGAGGACAUUUUGAGCUGCUACGACGUCUACUCUCCAGACAAAGAAGAGCAGCUCCCCUUCGGGCCUCUCAAUGGCACAGCGUGGACAUACCACUCGCAGGAUGAGCUGGGGGGCUCCUCUCACUGGGGCCGGCUGACAAGCUACAGUGGAGGUGGCUACUAUCUGGACCUUCCAGGGUCCCGACAGGCCAGCGCAGAGGCACUCCAGGACCUUCAGGAGGGCCUGUGGCUAGACAGGGGCACUCGGGUGGUCUUCAUUGACUUCUCAGUCUACAAUGCCAACAUCAACCUUUUCUGUGUUCUGAGACUGGUGGUGGAGUUUCCAGCUACAGGAGGUGCCAUCCCAUCUUGGCAAAUCCGUACAGUUAAGCUGAUCCGCUAUGUCAGUAACUGGGACUUCUUUAUCAUUGUCUGUGAAAUCAUCUUCUGCAUCUUCAUCUUUUACUAUGUGGUAGAGGAGAUACUGGAGCUCCACAUCCACCAGUUUCGUUACCUCAGAAGCAUCUGGAACAUUCUGGACCUGGUGGUCAUCUUGCUCUCUAUUGUGGCUGUGGGCUUCCACAUAUUCCGAACCCUUGAGGUGAACCGGCUGAUGGGGAAGCUCCUGCAGCAGCCAAACACGUAUGCUGACUUCGAGUUCCUCGCCUUCUGGCAGACACAGUACAACAACAUGAAUGCUGUGAACCUUUUCUUUGCCUGGAUCAAGAUAUUCAAGUACAUCAGCUUCAACAAAACCAUGACUCAGCUCUCCUCCACGCUGGCCCGCUGUGCCAAGGACAUCCUGGGUUUUGCUGUCAUGUUCUUCAUUGUUUUCUUCGCCUAUGCCCAACUCGGCUACCUGCUUUUUGGGACCCAAGUGGAAAACUUCAGCACUUUCAUCAAGUGCAUUUUCACUCAGUUCCGGAUCAUCCUUGGGGACUUUGACUACAACGCUAUUGACAAUGCCAACCGCAUCCUGGGACCUGCCUACUUUGUCACCUAUGUCUUCUUUGUCUUCUUCGUGCUCCUGAACAUGUUCCUGGCCAUCAUCAAUGAUACAUAUUCAGAGGUCAAGGAAGAGUUAGCUGGACAGAAGGAUGAGCUGCAACUUUCUGACCUCCUGAAACAGGGCUACAACAAGACCCUACUGAGGCUGCGUUUGAGGAAGGAGCGAGUUUCAGAUGUACAGAAGGUCCUGCAGGGUGGAGAGCAGGAGAUCCAAUUUGAGGAUUUCACCAACAGCUUGAGGGAACUGGGGCACGCAGAGCAUGAGAUCACUGAGCUCACAGCUGCCUUCACCAGGUUUGACCAAGAUGGGAAUCACAUCCUGGACAAGAAAGAACAGGAACAAAUGCAACAGGACCUCGAGGAGAAGAGGGUGGCCCUCAACGCUGAGAUUGAGAACCUGGGCCGGUCCAUUGUGAGUAGCCCACCAGGCGAGUUGUGUCCAGAGGCUACCAGAGCAGGUGGCUGGGUUUCAGGAGAAGAAUUCUACACACUCACAAGGAGAGUUCUGCAUCUGGAGACUGUCCUGGAAGGAGUCAUGUCCCAGGUAGAUGCUGUGGGCUCAAAACUGAAGAUGCUGGAAAGGAAGGGGCAGCUAGCUCUCUCCCCAGGCAUGGGAGAUCAAGGCGUUUGGGAACACCUGCAGCCAGCCCCAGCUAUGACUCCAGCCCCCUGA